CAGAUCAUCCAGUCACUCGAUGGGGAUUACCAGCGGACCACCUGUUUGUGUCACCUUCCCACCUCUCUGUAGCAAGAAAAAUCACUUCAGCACCUCUUCAGUAAUAAUGAUGAAACUGGUAUUAACUGAAUGGCAAUUAUGGAUUUUUAACUCUAAUUCACAGUAAACCAGCAAGCCAUAUGUUUAAAAUCCAACCAAAAAUCGUUCUGUGUUGCUGCAUGUCUCAUACCAUUGUGAGAAGUUGUGAGAUACCCACUUAUGCAAAGAGGAAUGUAAGUGUUACUUGCCCAAGGAACACAACCGAAGCAGAAAGAGAAGACGUCUUAAUUUAUCAUUACAGAUCUAUGAAAGCAUUAUUUAUAUAGAUAGAAUAUAUAGAUAAAUAUAUAUAUUUUUGGUGGUAAUGAAAAUGGCUCCGCAGAAUGCCGACCCGGAAUCUAUGCAAGUUCAAGAGUUAUCCGUGCCCCUGCCGGACCCGCAGAAAGCCGGAGGCGCAGAGGCCGAGAACUGCGAGACCAUCAGCGAGGGGUCCAUAGACCGAAUCCCCGUGCGCCUGUGGGUGAUGCACGGGGCGGUGAUGUUUGGCAGGGAGUUCUGUUACGCCAUGGAAACCGCUCUGGUCACACCAAUACUGUUGCAGAUUGGCCUUCCGGAGCAGUACUACAGCCUCACCUGGUUCCUGAGCCCCAUCCUCGGCCUCAUCUUCACGCCUCUCAUUGGGUCUGCGAGCGACCGGUGCACCCUGAGCUGGGGCCGCCGGCGGCCCUUCAUCCUCGCCCUCUGCGUUGGCGUCCUCUUUGGCGUUGCACUUUUCCUUAACGGCUCUGCCAUCGGUCUGGCCCUCGGCGAUGUCCCCAACCGGCAGCCCAUCGGCAUCGUGCUCACGGUGCUGGGGGUGGUGGUCCUGGACUUCAGCGCCGAUGCCACCGAGGGGCCCAUCCGCGCCUAUCUGCUGGACGUGGUGGACAGCGAGGAGCAGGACAUGGCCCUCAACAUCCACGCCUUCUCUGCCGGCCUCGGCGGAGCCAUCGGCUACGUGCUGGGUGGGCUGGACUGGACCCAGACCUUCCUGGGCAGCUGGUUCCGGACCCAGAACCAGGUGCUCUUCUUCUUCGCCGCCAUCAUCUUCACAGUGUCCGUGGCCCUGCACCUGUUCAGCAUCGAAGAGGAGCAGUACAGCCCACAGCAGGAGCGCAGCGCUGAGGAGCCCGGCGCCCUGGAUGGGGGCGAGCCGCACAGCGUCCCUGCCUUCCCAGACGAGGUGCAGUCGGAGCACGAGCUGGCCCUGGACUACCUGGAUGUGGGCAUCAUGCGCAGCAAGAGCGACUCGGCGUUGCACGUGCCGGACACCGCGCUGGACCUGGAGCCCGAGCUGCUCUUCCUGCACGACAUCGAGCCCUCCAUCUUUCACGAUGCCUCCUACCCUGCCACCCCCCGCAGCACCAGCCAGGAGCUCGCCAAGACCAAGCUGCCCCGCCUGGCCACCUUCCUCAAGGAAGCUGCCAAGGAGGACGAGACCUUGCUGGAUAAUCACUUGAAUGAAGCUAAAGUCCCAAACGGAAGUGGCUCCCCCACAAAAGAUGCCCUCGGCGGCUACACCAGGGUGGACAUGAAGCCCUCGGCCACGUCGAGCUCCGUGCGGCGGCGGCGGCAUGCGUUCCGCAGGCAGGCCUCCAGCACCUUCUCCUACUAUGGCAAGCUUGGGUCCCACUGCUACCGCUACCGGCGCGCCAACGCGGUGGUGCUGAUCAAGCCGUCGCGCAGCAUGAGCGACCUGUAUGACAUGCAGAAGCGGCAGCGGCAGCGGCACCGGCACCGGAACCAGAGCGGGGCCACCAACUCCAGUGGGGACACCGAGAGUGAGGAGGGGGAGGGCGAGACCACCGUGCGCCUGCUGUGGCUCUCCAUGCUGAAGAUGCCCAGGGAGCUGAUGCGGCUGUGCCUCUGCCACCUCCUCACCUGGUUCUCUGUCAUUGCCGAGGCCGUGUUCUACACCGACUUCAUGGGCCAGGUCAUCUUCGAAGGCGACCCCAAGGCCCCCUCGAACUCGACCACCUGGCAAGCCUACAACGCCGGGGUCAAGAUGGGCUGCUGGGGCCUGGUCAUUUAUGCCGCCACUGGUGCUAUUUGUUCAGCCCUGUUACAGAAGUACUUGGACAACUAUGACCUGAGCGUCAGGGUGAUCUACGUGCUGGGGACGCUGGGCUUCUCCGUGGGCACAGCCGUGAUGGCCAUGUUUCCCAAUGUCUACGUCGCCAUGGUCACCAUCAGCACCAUGGGCAUCGUCUCCAUGAGCAUCUCCUACUGCCCGUACGCCCUGCUGGGCCAGUACCACGACAUCAAGCAGUACGUCCACCACAGCCCCGGGAACUCCAAGCGAGGGUUUGGCAUAGAUUGCGCCAUCCUGUCCUGCCAAGUGUACAUCUCACAGAUCCUGGUGGCCUCUGCCCUCGGGGGCGUGGUCGACGCUGUGGGGACUGUCCGCGUCAUCCCCAUGGUGGCCUCUGUGGGCUCUUUCCUGGGCUUCUUGACGGCCACAUUCCUGGUGAUCUAUCCCGAUGUGUCAGAGGAGGCCAAGGAGGAGCAGAAAGGCCUGUCUUCCCAGUUGGCCGGCGAAGGCGGGGCCGGCGGGAACAGCGAAAAGCCCACCGUGCUGAAGCUCACGCGGAAGGAGGGCCUGCAGGGACCGGUGGAGACGGAGUCCGUGGUCUGAGCCGCACUCCAGUUUAUACACAUCCUACCGGGCGGGCGGGCGGGCGGGCGGGUGGCGGGGCCAGGCCACGGGCGGGAGCAGAGACACCGCGGAGCCCUGCAGAUGCUGUGGCCGACCCGGCAGUGCGGGCCAGAGCCUCUCCGCCCCCAUAGCCACAAGUAGUCUAGGGUAGGUUUGAGCUACUAGGCAAAUACCACACUAACCACUUUUUCGAUAAUUAAAAAAAUCAUUUGAAAUAUUUUUUUUAAUUGAAAAAGAUCUUUUAAUUUCAGCUCUUUUAUUCUGCAGGUAUAUUAUUCUGCAUGUUUUAAAAUUAUAUAAAACAUUUGUGUAGACAAUAAGCAAUUUAGAAAAAAUAAGAUUUUGCAUUUCUAAAAUUAUAAUUGAAAACAAAAUCUGACAUUCUCUGCUAUGUCUUAUCUGAAUGCUUCAGAUAAUGGUAGUGUAGUCAGUGACUAAAAUAUUUUUAUCAAAUUUCCUCUCUGUAGACGCCUGCAGGUAUUGACGUCUGUCAGAUCUCGUCACAUUGGCUGGUGCUGCAGCUGUUGGAGAGUAUUUUUCUUUAUGAUUAUUUUAGAAAAAAAAACUUUCCUUUCCACAAUGUGGUUUUCUUAGAAGAACAACGUAUCUUCUCUUCCUCAGCGAGUUUGACACAUUGUGCCCAGGGCAGCCCUGUCCUUGGGCAGUGGCCGCACACCAAAGCUGGGAGGAGGCUGGUCCGGGGGGCCUGGGCGGAAGACAGUGAUUUGCAGGGGCGGCUCCCAGACACCCUGCCCAGGGAUGGGCUGGGCACCACCUGGGGGCGGAGCGUGAGCUCCAGACGAGCUCCUGCGUGCGCGUGUGUGUCUGCGCCCACCUACGUGACCCUGCUCGUCCCGUCUGAAGGACUCUCCUAGGAGGCCAGGUUGCCCCUCCAGACCCCUCCCAACGUCAGGGGGAAGGAAACGUUGACUUUCACUGCACUUUGAUUCGUCUCUAAACCAUUUGCUGGGGAUUCCUGAGACCAGAGCUCCCGGCGGGCCCUGCCUCCCAAGUCCCGCCGCAAGGCUACCUCGGGUGUGUGGAUGUGCGAGGGCCUCCCCCGCGUGCGUAGGGGACAUGCGUGCUGGAACCUGUCAGAACUCCAUGCCUUCCUCGCCUGCUCACCUGCUCACCUGCUCGACGCUGGAGUCAGGACAGGUGCAAGGGGAAGCAUACAUCUGGGACAGCUAAGGCCCGUGUCACCGGAGGGCUCUGCACAGUCGUUCUGGUUUCAGCGAAUAAGCAAAACUCGGGCAAGUACUGCAGCUAUUUGGAAAUGUUUUCCAAACCACAGUCUCUUUAGAACUAAGCCGUUUCUGCUCUUCUGAUGUGAAACGGUCGGUGUAAGCUUACUGAGAUCAGGAGACAGGGAGGCCUCACACAUCACACAGAUAAAGUCAGACAAUUGUAAUACUUUUGCUGCCUCAAGUUGUUUUUUAAAUAAAGAACUUUGAAAUGCAUGAGAACCAUGCUGCAAUAUGAUCAUUCUAGAGCAAAUAUAUAUACACACAUAUAUAUAUUUCAAGAUGAAACUAAAGCAGUUUUUAAAUAAAUUACUUGAAUUUUCUGUGUAUUUAAAGGAACGACUGUUUAAUGUACUUGAUGGGCCUCUGGUCUUGCCGUGUCUCCUGCCACUGGUGGCACUUCGUAGAUUGUGUGUUUGUGUCCGGGUGGCAGUUGGGUACCUGCUCACGCACGGUGCGUCUGCCAGGCCACGGUGUCCCAGGAUCGCAGAGGACUGACUUCAAGACUUCAAGAACAUUUUCUGGAUGUGUGGAAACUUGAGAAUGGCCUUGUGAAUCUCGUGCUUGGACAGGGCAAGUCCGACUACUGAAAGUGCCGCCAGCUUUGCUGCGAGCCCUCCGGCCAGCGGGAGUCCCGUGGGCUGGGCACUUUGGCCCUUCUCUGGGGGACGGCACCCCUGGCUUCCUCACCUCGGCCGAGCGUCCGUGGCAGCUCACUCUAUGCAACUUGAUCCUCUAGUGGCUUUAAGACUGUAGACCCCCUCUCUGAGACCUGGCUGUACUUGUCAGGAUCUCGAGGCGCAGUCCCCGUCUUAGCUGGUUUCUCCGGCUUCUCGUCCUGACUGUAAAACAGACGGAGGCAAGAGAGCAGCGGAUAUGGGAUGGCAGUGGCCUGACCCGAAUCAAGAUCCGACCCAAACCACACCAAACGUGGGUUCAUCUGGGGGCCACCCCUUGCCCAAGGCUUCCCACCCUCACCUGAAGGCCCAGGGGCCGGAUCCAGGACUCACCAAAGCCGAUUCCUCACCAGCUGGGAGUGCAGAAGUCUCAGGGCCUGGCUGUGACUUGAUUUUUAGGAGAAAGAGGGGCUUCACAACCCCCCUCUGAACAGUGUGUUAACCCUUGAGAUCCCAGCCUCGACUAAUCUGAAGUAAGGACAACAAAGGCCAUUCAGUGCCCUCCACGUGGCCUUGCCACAGUCACUGUCAGUAUGAACGCGCCGGACACCAGUGCCAGCCAGGGACAGGCGUGACUGCUGUGUGCUCCUCGGUGACAGGAGUCAGUGGCUGCACACUUUGUAGAUUCGUCAAGCUAUCAGCACUUCAGGUGUUUGCAAGCAAAGCCCUUAGUGUGCAGGUCAGUGUGUGGACCCCAAAUGAGGGGACCACGGGGGCUGGGGUCCAGGGUCAGUAGAGUCGGUUUCUGGAGCUGCCUUCCUGGGAGGCAGGUGCAGGUGACCAGGGCUCUUGCGGUGUGUGUGGGCCCGGCCUGACCACAGCGAGGACCAGGUCGCCACAUCUUUAGCCUCAACCCUUCCCUUGCACUGAGAUUAUUUCCAGAUUGCACUCACUUGAAACUGUCCGUGUCGUCACCUUGUGUCUUAAGGGAAGCCGAGAAGAAGGGCAGGUGGGCAGGCUGUCUUGUCUGCAAAGCAUCAUUGCGCCCGCAGCUUGCAUUGGUCAGGCUGCAGCUCAGGUGUCUGUGGCUUCUAACCUUGUACCUCAGAUAGAUGCAGUACCAAGGCGGAGCUGGGGACACUGGUCAGUGUCAAAGGGGAGGCGCUCUGGCUGGCAGCCUUGCCCGAGAGGACGAGGAGGCCGUGCCGGCGCCCGCUGGGGAAGCUGGCCAGCCAUCCAGCAGCUGGAGUUGGGCUCAUGGCACCCUUGGGGUGUGGGCUGUGCAGGCUGGUGGCCCGGGUGCCUCUGCACGCUGACUGGAGUGUCAGGCAGGGUGUGUCGGUUGGUCACGUCUUGUGUAAUGUGCACAGACCAGUUACCAAACGAGGAUAACGUUGGUCUCAUUUGUGGUGGUUUUGUUCCCUAUACAAGUCAGCUAAGUAAAGACUUUUAACGAGUUUCCCCUUCACACAUGGCAGAAGUUUCCAGGUGCAGGAAUGCGAGCUGGUGGGAAGGGGCAGAGGUCGUGAGCUCUCGGCUGGGCCGGCCUGCCUGUGCCCCCUUUCCUGGGUCUGUCGGCAGACUGGCAUCAUGACGUUCCCUGGUGGCUGAAGAGCUAGCUUUGGAGUGUUGUUUUUCUCACUCGCAGGCAGGGGCCUUAGCUGGAAUCAUCCGACCUACCACUGAUCAGGCCAGCGCGGUGUGCUGCCUCUUGGACACCUGUCCUUGAAAGCCUCAGGCCCCUGGGAGAAGCACUCUGUCCAGUCCUGUCCCCGGGGGGAAGCAGGGCCACCGAGCCCUCCUCAGAUGGUUAGUGGCUUCCAGCAGCCCUCAGGAGUGUUUGUUGAAGGCCCCAGGUGUGGAGAACUUGGUCUGUGACCACCUAAACCCCAGAGCUGAACAGGACCGUCCUGGCUGCAACAAGAGGGGUGGGGCUGCAGGCCGCCCUUGGCUUUCCCACCGCUGGGGCGGUGAUGUUCGGGUGACAUGUUUGAAAAAUACUCUCAAUGAUACCAGCUGUUCCCUUCUAUGGCUAAUGGUUUGUGCAGCCACCAGCGAUGGCGGCCGCUAUUAGAGACCAGGUUUGUAAAACACCAAAUAUUGCUGUCCACACUAGACACUCACCGGCUUCAGAAAAGAUGGACACCUUUUCCCACGCUGUUUCGCUUCUUAACUUUGGUCCAGCUUUAGCCACCACACAGCGUGCGAGGGACUGCUGCUGUGGAGUCAGUCUUGUUUGUCCCUCCGCCUCCCACCAGCACGCGCUGCUUCUGAGAGACACCAGCUCCCUGCCUCCAAGCCUGGUGCCACAGGCCUGUCGUGAGGGACCCCCGCUUCCGAGAGCUCCUGGGGGGGGCUCUGCCUUUCACCACCUGGGAGAGGUGUCAGUUCAGUUCCGAGUUGAACAAGGCCUGUGCACACAGCAUGUUGGGGACCCAGCCUAAAGUUCUUGUCACCUCAUGCAAAGCCAGCCAUCACUUUCCGGCCAGAGCCCCCAAACCUCAAGGUGGCCCCUUGGCCAGCCCCUCCUUGGGUCCUCCAGGAGGACUGAGCACCCCUCCCAGCAGCAUCCCUUGCCCUCCACAGGGCUGCCAGGGGCACGUCGCUCUGUGCCGUGGACUGAGACCAUCUCCUGGUGACAGAAUGACCCGUUUGUUGGAAAUGCCUCAUUGCCAGAGAAACUCCCCAGGCAUCUCGGAACGAAACUAUUUAGUUCCAUUGUGAACUGGCCACAGGACAGCUUUUUAUCAACUUAUUAAGUUGGAGCACUAUAAUAGCUCUUGCUGAUUUAGCAAUGGUGUUAAGUGUGUGUUAAACACAUGUUACGUUUUAUGAGGAGGAGGUCGUAAGGAAGUGUCGUGUCGCUCAUGACUCUUUUCUAUUAGUUGGGUAACAGUGGCCUCAUGUUUGUGUCUGUGUGUACACAGAGCCCUUGGGUUCUGCCCUGUUUCUUUGCCAGGUGAAUGUUUGUGGCAUGUGCUGCUGUCCGCGCCCCUCUGUCCUGCACAGGGUUCGGCUGUGCAGCGCCCUGAUUUCCUCCAUGCACAGAGAACCUCCUUGCGUCUGUUCCUCUGUUCCUCUGUGGCUGACUCAAUAAACUUUUCCCUCUGA